AUGCUUAAAUACAAGCGUACAAAUUCCCACACAGAAAGGACCGUCCAAAGCUUCACCAUGAAGGGUUUCGCUGCUUUCUGUGCAAGGGUGAAGAUCCUCAAACUAAAAAAGGUCACAGAAUCCACAGUCAAGAAAUGUUUAGAGGUUGGACUUACAGGCAACCUCCAACUUUCUGAAGCAGCAAAAGCAGAAGAACAAGUUAAACCAAAAAAUGACUGUGAUACUCUAACAGACAAACCAACAGAUGACAGGGACAGGAAGGUGGUUAUUGAUAAAGUGCUGAUCGCAAUGAGAGGGGGCAGUCCGGCUUCAGCAGUAGCCAUGAAGUCUCAGCUCACUAAAAAUGGCAUUUUAGAAUAUAAUCAGUAUGUGGAAUGGGCAAAGACCGUCUCUGCUCUGCCAGCUCUCAUUCACAGUGAUCCUGAACUCAUCUACAACGCGAUCCCUUUGGACUUUAAUGAUGCUCAGCCGAGGCGGAACAAUCUCAAAAUAGCCCUGGGUGACCAAGUGGCUGAGUACAGCGUGUGUAAGUGCCAGCCGUGCCAGAACGGUGGUACUGAAGACGGGGAGUGUAGCAUGUGCUCACCAGGGACUGAGGGCGUCGCGUGUCAGAUCAUUGAGAUCGAACUGGUGAAAGGUGUGUUUCUCUAUGUGAACCGGCCUGUAAAACUUACAUAGCAUUCAUUUCUGUUGGUUUGAGUUGAACGUUCUCUCUUGAGUUGAACGUUCUAAAGAAAGGUUUAGAGAAAAACAUGUUUGAAAACACUGCUAUCUUGUGGUCAAUAGGUA